AUGGUGUUUUAGGAUAUUUGGGAUAUUCAGUAAAUAAUUAAACUGAACAAUAAGUCACUAUGAAUUCUACAAUAAGUAUUAAUGUUANUUUAGUGGAAGAUGUUUAGAUUAUUGUAUCUUUGGGUCUACAGAUAGAAGGAAAAGGUAUUGUAAAUAUUAUUAACCAUCUUAUUUCUUGUAUUUGUAUUAAUUCAAUUUCUAAUAUUCUCAAUUAAUAAGGUGGGAUAUUAUUUAUGAUCCAAGAUAUUUGAAUCAUGAAAAUAAAAAAAACUCCCCAUUUUUUGGAAUUUUUAAAUAUUAUGAAGGAGCAAGCACUAUAGUUAAUACUACAUAUUUUGUAUAUCCAUUAGGAGUGUAUUUGUAUAUUUAUAUGUGUAAUGCAACUCCAAUAAAUUCAGGAAUUUCUAUAUAUUUAAAUGAUACCUACUAUUCUUCAAUAUACUAUGAUGGAACAUAAUAUAUUGGGAAUAACCUUAAUGUUUAUUAUACAUCUAACACAGUAUUAAGUGGUUGCUAAACUGCAAAAUAUAUAUAAUUAUACACUAAUCUUUAUGUAGAAUAAGGAGGCUUCACUUUUUCAAUUAAAGGAAACUUUACGUAAAGAUUAUUUAUUUAAAUUUAGAUCUGGUAAUUCUGGAUGGUUUUUGCCUUACAUUUUAAUGAGUAGUGCACACUGUCCACCUUAUUGUUUAAAAUGUGAGUAAGAUUAUACUUGUUCAUAAUGUGUGACUGGGUAUAAAAUAGUAUCUGAAGGAAACUGUGUAAGAUUAUGUCCAAAAACUUCAAUACUUUAGAAUAAUAUUUGCAUCAAAUAUGAUUAAGUGACUAAAUGUAAACAUAAUCCAAUAAUAUUAGACUCAAAAUAUUUUAUAUAACAAUUCUAUGAUUUUACAGUUCCUAAUAAUAUAAAGUCUUCUUUUGUUUUAGAAUCUUAUACAAGUAAAGACUUUUAAAAAGGUGAUGAAAUCUAUUGGUCAUAUAUUGAAACAAAUGUUGUUUAUGGAGGAAAAUAUGUUUGGGCCACAGCCAGAUUUUCCUAAAUAUAUACUAUUGAUUCAGCAUACCAUUCAUUGACUAUAUAUUUUGACGCUGUAUUUGGAUGCAAUUUUGAUGGUGUUUUAGGAUAUUUGGGAUAUUCAGUAAAUAAUUAAACUGAACAAUAAGUCACUAUGAAUUCUACAAUAAGUAUUAAUGUUACAACUCCUUCGCCUACUUUAUCAAUUUCAUUUUAAUGUUAUGGACCAUCUAACAAUGUUCUAGAUUAAUAUUGUGCAAUCUCACAUUAUUAUAUUGUAGUUCAUUAUUGUAGUCCCUAUUGCCUUUAGUGUUUAGAUGAAGAUAAUUGUUAAAUAAUGGAUACUUUUGAUGCAUCAGUAGUAAUACUUAAUCCAUCAUAAUGCAGUUCUACUUAGUAUUAUGAUGAUGAAUAUUUAAAAUGUGAAGAAUGUCCUUAAGAAUGUGAAACUUGUCUUAAUGAAUUUGAAUGUCUAACUUGUAAAUAUCCUUAUUAAAUUUUCAUUACAAAGUGUCUAUUAUAAUGUUAAAUAAAUGAGUAUUUUGAUGAAUAGAAUUAGAUCUGUGAUUGUAAUAAGUUUAUAUUAUAUAUUAGAAUGCAAUCCUAAAUGCAAACAAUGCAAAUUGAAAAAUGAAUGCAUUCAUUGUGAGUAAUCUAAAUUUAGAUAUCUAUUUUAUGAUUAAUGCUUAUGUUAUGAUGGUUAUUAUGAUGAUAAUAUUAAUAUUGAAUGUUAAGUAUGUAAUGUUUUAUGUACUAAAUGUUUUGGACCAUCAAAUAUGGAUUGUCAUGAAUGCAUCAUUUUAGAUAAAGUUGAAAAAAUAGGUAAUACUUGUAAUUGUGUAAAUGGAUAUUAUUUUGAUAAAUCUAAUUAAACAUGUAUGCAAUGCCACCAAAAAUGUUCAAAUUGUUUUUUAUCCUCUGAAGACUCUUGUUUAACUUGCAAUAAUUUUGAAAAUAGAAUAUUAAAUGGACUUAAUUGUUCUUGUUAAACUGGAUAUUUUGAAUUAAAUGAUAUUUGUGUCUCAUGUCCAAACAUUGAAGAUUCAAAUCUGUAUAAAUGUUAUAAAUAAUGUGGUGAUAAUUCUAUAAUUUGGUUUAAUUAAGUUUGCUAACCCUUUUCAUGUUUAACUGGAUUUACAAAUUAAAACAAUUAAUGUAUUCCUAUAUGUGGAGAUCUAAUUAAGAAUGGGGAUGAAGAAUGUGAUGAUGGUAAUAAUAUUUUAGAUGAUGGAUGUUAUAAUUGUAGAUAUUAAUGUCCAAAAUAAUGUUUGACUUGUAAUGAAUUUACAAUUUUACCUUGUUUAAAUGUAUGUGGUGAUGGAAUCAUAAGUGGAACAGAAGAAUGUGAUGAUGGUAAUUUGAUAUAAUUUGAUGGGUGUUAUGAAUGUAAACUUGAAUGUUAAACCUAAUGUACAUAAUGCAUGAGAGGGUUAUGCUAUUAAUGUCAGACUUAUGGUUGGAUUGUUGACAUUGAUACAAAAACUUGUGUAGAAAAUUGUGGUGAUUCUAUUGUUGUUGGAUAAGAAUAAUGUGAUGAUGGAUAANCCAUUUUUUGGAAUUUUUAAAUAUUAUGA